AUGGCCACGCCAGAAUCCUAAGAUCCUGAUGACGUCACGAGCUGGCUCGCUUGCGAUUGGCGGGCAUCUGUUACUCCCGCCAUUCAAUGAAAAGUGACCGUUGCCUGAGGAGAAAGGAGCUGCUGCAAGGCGAGUCUAGAGGCGCUCAGUAAUUCUUCAGCGGGACCCCCGAAUUGUAGCAUGGCUACCUCUACCCCCAGCCGCUCGGCCCCUGCACGUGGAGCCUCCACGCCGCUCUCUCCAACUCGCAUCACCCGACUGCAGGAGAAAGAAGAGCUGCGGCAUCUCAAUGACCGCCUGGCCAUGUACAUAGACCGGGUGCGAUCCCUGGAGCUGGAGAAUGACCGCCUGAUGCUAAAGGUUUCCGAGAAGGAGGAGGUCACUACCCGGGAGGUUAGUGGGAUCAAGCACCUAUAUGAAACUGAACUUGCUGAUGCUCGAAAAGUAUUGGAUGAAACUGCAAGGGACAAAGCAAGGCUACAGAUUGAGUUGGGAAAGUAUCGAUCGGAUCUUGAUGAAGUAACAAAAACACUGAAGAAGAAAGAUGCCGAUCUGCUUCAGGCGCAGCAGCGUAAUAAAGACCUGGAGGCCUUGCAUUUCCGGAGUGAGUCUGAACUUAAUGCAGCCUUUGAAGAGAAACGGAAUCUGGAAGCUGCUUUUGCUGAUCUAAAGGCUAAGCUCGCUAAGGCCGAAGAUUCUCACGCUGUUGCUAAGAGGCAGCUAGAAAAUGAAACUUUGAUGCGUGUGGACUUCGAGAAUCGUUGCCAGAGUCUGCAAGAGGACCUGGAUUUCAGAAAGAAUGUAUAUGAAGAGGAGUUCAGAGAGACCAGGAAACGCCAGGAGCGCAGUUUUGUAGAAUUAGAUAAAGGCCAAAGAUAUGAAUAUGAAUCUAAGUUGGCACAAGCCCUUGAGGAACUCAGAAAACAGCAUGACGAACAAGUUAGACUGUACAAGGAGGAGAUGGAGCAGACUUACCAGGCAAAGCUGGACAACAUCAGGCGUUCUACUGAUUACAAUGACCAGGCUGCAGGAGCAGUCCGAGAAGAGCUGAGUGAGGCACGAAUGAGGGUGGAGGCGCUCGCUUACCAACUUACAGGUCUGCAGAAGCAGUUAAAUGCAUCAGAGGCUCGUGUCCGUGAGCUGGAGGAAUUGCUGUCCAAUGAACGCGACAAAUACCGCAAACUUUUGGACCAUAAGGAUAAAGAACUUGCAGCCAUGAGAGACCAUAUACAGAGGCAGCUGACAGAAUAUCAAGAAUUGCUAGAUGUGAAGUAUGCCCUUGAUAUGGAGAUAAAUGCAUACCGCAAGUUGUUGGAAGGAGAAGAGGAGAGGUUGAAAUUGUCACCAAGCCCACAGUCUCAUGUCACAGUAUCUCGAGCUACUUCAAGCAGCAGCUCUGCUACCACUCGCCAGUCUCGCAGUAAAAGAAAACGCAUGGAAACCGGAGAAAGUGAGGAAAUCAGCAAUGUUCAGUCUUCUGCUAGCUGGGCUAGACUGCCUCGUGGUUCAAGCAGCGCUGGGGAACGAAGCAGUAGUAGCAAGUUCCAUAUGUCACAACAGGCUACUGCAACUGGUAGCGUCACUAUAGAGGAGAUUGACCAGGACGGAAAGUUUGUUCAUCUAAAAAAUAGUUCUGAUGAGGAUCAAGCUCUAGGCAGCUGGAGACUUAAGUUGAGCAUUGGAAACCAAGAAGAAAUAGUAUAUAAAUUCACAGCCAAAUAUGUGCUGAAAGCAGGGCAGUCUGUUAAGAUUUACAGCGCCGAUGCCGGGGUCGCCCAUAGCCCUCCUUCUGUUCUGAUCUGGAAAAACCAGAGUUCUUGGGGUACAGAGUCAGACAGCAAUAUCAAAAUCUCCCUGGUGAACAGUGAUGAGGAGGAAGUAGCAGUUAGAACUGUAACAAAGACUGUCGAGUCCACUGUAGAAGUAGAAGAAGAUGGAGAGGAUGAAGAAGCUGAGUUUGGGGAGGAAGAUCUAUUUCACCAGCAGGGUGAUCCUCAUACAACCUCCACAGGCUGUUACCUGAUGUAACCAGUCUCCGGUGUUUGCUGAUUUACUGCCAGAGUUGCUAUUUUUAUAUGUUUUUCUUUAGGCAUUGUUUAGCUUCACCUAUGAGAAGCAAACUACUGCCAAACAUGUUUGCAAAGUGUUUUUUUUAAUAUAUAUUAUGAUUAUUGUUUUUUUUUUUUGUGGUUUUAUUAACACUAUAUUUUGGUAAGGGCACAAGUUUUAUGUUUUACCUUUCAUAUGGCAGAAAUCUUGUAGAGGUAAAGUUUUAUUGCGUGCUUAGCAUGCACAGAAUGUUUUACUGGUUAACUUUUCAGUUGACUGACAAAUGGCCUACUUUUUAUAGCUUGAUACAUUUUAUAGUACUACAAAUUUCCACUUGGGGGUGUUCUACAAAUGAGAACUGUUGACAUUAUAAACCAAUCAAUAGCAUCUUAUCUUGGCCAUGGCUACUUCUGUUGUAGAUAUUUUGCCAAGUAGGAAUGACCAAAUACAAGCAUCUUGGGUGUGAAGUAUUAUUCUACUUUGCCUUGUGGUAUAUGUUUUAUAGAUACAACAACUUGAUUUCUGAAAUCCUAAUCUGUAAAUCUACCCCCUAGUUAUUUGUAAUAGCUUGUUCUCUUGUGGUGCCGUUAAUCAGUGCCCAUGUGUUACAAGUAGGUUAAACUUACUAGUUUAUUUGGCAGAUUCUUUGCUAUUGGUGGGGUUGUAAUUGGAGAUAUUGAAGGCUUUUCUAAACUUGUGAAUUACAAAAAAAAUGACUAUUGUACUUGAGAUUACCAACCUUCAUUUAAAAAUAAGUUUUGUUUGUUACCAGAUGUAUGGUUUGUGUUCUGUUCUCUUACUAGUUUAUACAUAAGAGGCUGUAAAUCUAUAUUUAACAAUUUGCAGUCCAGGAACCCCAUUACAUGUUACACUAACAAGGCCAUUUUGCUUCAGAACAGAGGAUGCAUACGUUUUGUAGUAUCUGAGAUCUUGUGGAAAGAGUUUAUGGACUUGUGCUUGUUUGCAUUGCAGUACAUCCAUAGACUCACUGUAUGCAUGAGCACACUCAAAUGGCUGUGGUCGUAAACAUCUAGGACUAUAUUAAAGUAAGCCCCUGGUCGUCGGGGACUAGGGUAUACAUAACCUAGUGCCCUCGUUUUUCACCCCUCUGCUAUAAUAGGGUUCCCUCUAUGUUGCUGCUGGCUUCGUAGACUAUCUGUCGAUGGCCUGAGACACUUCCCUUCUGCUACUGCAUGUAUGAGUGCGGAUGUAAGGUCAGCACUGUGUCCCCCUGCAGCAUCCAGUUAGUGUUUUCUGUCAGAAGCUGCAGCAGCCCCCGAGGAAGAGAACCAAUGCUGACAUGAUGUUGCAGGGGAACACAGAAUGACGGGUGCUACUUAAAGCAUCCAUGCAGAAGGAGGGAGUAUCUCAAACUUCUGACGGGUAGUUUAAAAAGCUGGCAGCCAUUUUGCAACCACACAGAACGGACUAUUUUGGAUCCAUGUUGCUUCGGUACCGCCUAGUUUGUACUUCCUAGUAUUGUCUCAACACACAGACAAUACUCAGCCAAUCACUUGCUUAGGAAGAUCGCCACUGUCUUCUGUGUCAGGACGCGACUAGGAAGCAAAGACCAGUGGAGACCCAGGCAGCCUUGGACUGGGAGAAGCAGAAGUGAGGAGAGUACCUGUGUUUUGUUUUUAUUCUGCUGCAACCGCACUUUUUUUUUUUUUUUUUGCAGCUAGAAACCCCUUUAAGACCAGUAUUACAAAAAUGAUGCAUUCUUUUGUUCUGAAGUCGAGUAUUUCCUUUACAAUGGUAAAAAAUAUCUUGCAAGUGACAUAAGUAUUAGGGCUCAUGCACACGAACAUAUUUUUAUUUCAGUGUCGUUCCGUUUUUCUUUUUUGCGGACUGUAUGCAGAACCAUUCAUUUUAAUGGGUCCGCAAAAAAAAUAAAAAAUGGUAGGUA